AUGUCGGUGCCUCUCCUCGAGGAAGAAUCUCGGUCGCUCUCAGCGACGGCGAAUCUCGGUGGCUUGACGGAGAAAAUCUCGAUUGAAGUUCCAAUGAAGAGAGAAUCAUUAAUUCUCUGGAGAGAUAAUCGAUCUUCUCUUGAAACUCAAGAUAUGGAUUUUAAUCCAUAUAGGAGUAGGUCUAACUUUGUUGAUCUUCUUCAAAGUCAACAAAGUGUAUUUGGUUCAUCAGAAGUUCCUAUUUUUGGAACUCAACAGACGGUGGAUAGCAACCUCGGUCCAGAGAGUGUUGUAGAGCGCCGAGGAAGGAGGAAAUGGACGCCCUCUGAUGACAUUUUGCUCAUCAGCUCAUGGCUGAACACGAGCAAAGAUGCAGUCGUGGGUAAUGAGCAGAGAUCAGGCGCCUUCUGGUCUCGAAUUGCGAGCUACUUCGCGGCAAGCCAGAAGGUUGCAGGGUGUGAACCGAGAGAGGCGUUACACUGUAAGACACGGUGGCAGAAGAUCAACGACCUCGUGUGCAAGUUCUGUGGCUCGUACGAGGCUGCAAUCAGGGAUAAGACCAGCGGGUAA